AUCGAAACUGCAGUAAAUAGUACAAGAGUGAGAGCCUUUGAUCCACUAGUAUAAAGAUUUCUUCAUGCGGUCUCAACUCCUACUGAACUGACACUGAACUGACCUAGCAUGUAAAAUGGAGACUGAAGCCAAAAUCCCAGAAGAUGAAUCUGCACCGAAGACUAUACUGGAAGAAAGAUAUUUGAUGAAAGAGAAUAGAAGUCCAGCGGAAUUAUCCACCAGCGACAAGUCACCAACAGAAUAUAUCUGUAAAUCAGAGCAUUGUCAGGUGGAUAAGAUAGAGAAUCAAAUUCUCGCAAAGUUACCUGAAGAUCAAAAGCAAAAUCAAAUAGGGGCAUUAAAUAAGGAUUUUAAGACUGGAGGUGCUGAAGUUGACAUGGAAGAAUCUACCCAUCACACAGAAAAAGAAGGGGCAAAAGUUUCCUGGCAGGCAAGUGCUGAAGAACCUAUGACAGAUCAAUAUAAAUUUUCGGAAGUAAUCGCAGAGAAUACUCCAAAAGGGUUGAUAAUUUACCAGGAAAAUGAAAACACAAGAUCAGAGGGGGGAGAAGAUGCUGGUUUGGAAUGCACUGAACAACCUACAAGCAUAUCUGAGACAAACAUGUGUCUGACCAGAGGAGCUCCACUUCCCAGCCUUAAUUUGACUGCCAAGAGUCAAGUUGAGGAAGAUGAAAGAGUUGAAAAAUCUUGUGCCAAAGAUGAAACCAAAGAUCCUACCACAUAUGUUGAGGACGAGGUUAAAGAACUAAGCUUAGAUGGUGCACAGAAGAAAGAAGAUAUGCCAUCUUUAUUGGAGGCUGAAUGCAAGGAUCCUGAAUCAGUUGGGUCAAGCGACAUGUUAGAACAUGAUAAUAACGCAGAAGAUGCCUGCAAAAUAAAUGUUGACGAAUCUACAUUUGAUGCAACCUUAAAAACAGGAGAAAAUGUCAACGAUAUUAAAAACCCAUGCACCAACCUGGUUACAGAUGGAGCAAGCACACAAGUUGCAACUGAAGCAAAGGAAACUCUGCAAGAGGUUUCCUCAACAGUCUGCAAUGAUACAAUCAAAGACAUGUCUGAUGAUAGCAGAAUCAACUUGGAAAAGCACCAAGAGGAAAAGAGAGAUUCACAACCAAAAAAUGAACAAGAGGGCCAACUAGGAGAACAAGUAAUUAUGAUGCCAGAGGAGACUGAAACAGCGGCUUCAAGAGAACAUGCUGAAAAGAGAGCUGAACAGAACAUCCUCCCCGUGGAAGAAUUUGAAGAAGUAGGAGAGAAAGACGAACCAGCUUCUAAACCAGGUAGUGGGGAAACAUCCAUUUCAACAGACAAGGUGCCCCCAUUAGCCGAGCCAAUCACAGAGAUCAGAGGUGAAGAGAACAUGUUCCCUCAAGAAAUUAUAAGCUCUGAGGGACGAAAAGAUGACGAUUUGGAAUGCACUGAAAAGCCGACAAGCACGUCUGAGACAAACAUGUGUCUGAUCAGUGAAGUUCCACUUCCCAACCUUAAUUUGACUUCCAUGGGUCAAGGUGAGGAAGAUGAAAGAAUUGAAAAGUCUGGUGCCAAAGAUGAGACCAAAUAUCCUACCAUAAAUGUUGAGGGCGAGGUUAAAGAACUAAGCGUGGAUGCUGCACUGAAGAAAGAAGAUAUGCCAUUUUUAAUGGAGGCUGAAUGCAAGGAUCCUGAAUCAGUUGGGUCAAGCGAUAUGUUAGAACAUGAUAGUAACACAGAAGAUGCCUCCAAAAUAAAUGUUGAAGAAUCUAAAUUUGAUGCAACCUUAAAAACAGGAGAAAAUGUUAAUGAUAUUAAAAACUCGUGUACUGACCUGGUUACAGAUGGGGCAAGCACACAAGUUGCAACUGAAGCAAGGGAAACUCUGCAAGAGGUUUCCUCAACAGUCUGCAAUAAUACAAACAAAGACAUCUCUGAUGAUAGCAGAAUCAAUUUGGAAAAGCACCAAGAGGAAAAGAGAGAUUCACAACCAAAAGAUGAACAAGAGGACCAACUAGGAGAACAAGUAAUUCUGAUCCCAGAGAAUGCUGAAAUAGGGGCUUCAAGAGAAGAUGCUGGAAAGAGUUCAAACAUCCUCCCUGUGGAAGAAUUUGAAGAAAUAGAAGAGAAAGACAAACCAGCUUCUAAACCAGGCAGUGGGGAAACAUCCAUUUCCACGGAAAAGGUUCCCCCACUAUCCGAGUCAAUUGCAAAGACCAAAGGUGAAGAAAACAUGUUCCCUCAAGAAAUUGCAAUCGAUUUAGAUUCUAUGGAUCCAUUGGUUGGGGAAACAGGGGAACCAGACAUAACUGGCGAAGUCCUUAAAACUGAAGCACGAGAAAAACAUCAAGAAUCAAGCAAGUGUUGCUCUGAAAAUAAUGAGCAAGAUGAGUAUCUUUCUGCAACACAGAGUACAGAGAACUUGGUUGUAAAGCAUACAGAUUCAGAAGCUAUGGUGACAACAGAAACAAUAACAAAAUUAACAAAGGAUGCUGAAGAACUUCAAAAGUUUCCAGAUUCACACACUGAAGAUAGAAUAGGCAGCAAGGGUGAUGAGGAAAUCAUAUCAGAGGAGACAACAGAAGGGGAAGAAGCCAUCAACAAGCAGUUAUCUUCAACUGAAAGUGUAAGUGGGGAUGAAGAACCAUCAAGACUACCCACAGUAGCAUCUAUUAGAGAUGAGAUGAUUGAGCAGAGCUGUUAUGAAGAAAGUCUUAACGAUGGAGAAUCAACAUUGAUAGAGAAGAAUGACAGUCACAGACCAAAAAAUGAAGCUGCAGCUGAGGUGCUUGAUUUGCCCAACACCAGAGGCAGACAAGACAUUUAUAAGCAACAUAUUAUAGAAGGAUCAGUUGAAGAAACAUUGAACAACUUCCAAGAAAAUGAAAAGCAAAUUCAAAAUUUAAUGGAUGACCCUCACGAAGAGUCAGAGAUUAAAAGGAAAAAUCAUGUCUCCGACCUCCCUUCUGAGAUCAUUCAGAAAAACACUGGACUGGAAGAAGGUUACUCAACAGCAGCCCACUUGUACAGCAAUCCAAAUGAAUGUUCCUCAGCAGUAUCCAAACGUGAUGUGGAUUCAUCCUUCCUUGACAAGCCAUCAACAGAAAAUAUCUGUGACUUGGAGCACCAAAUACUCACAAAGUCCCAGAAUGAAGGACUACAUCAAAAUGGGGUAGAAGCCACAGAAGACAACACUACUAAGGAGCAUCACCUUGACAUAGAAGACGAUGGUGCAAAAAUUUCAAAUCUGAAAAGCAUUGAGGAGUCAAAUCCCAAGGUUCAUGAAGAGACCUCUAUGAACAACAAGCACCUUGAACAGUAUCUUGAAUUAAUCACAUAUCAAGAUGCAACCUUUGAAGUAAUACCGGCGAGUAUGGAAAAAGAAAUGAUAACUUCCCAAACUAAUGAAAACAUGACAUCAAAGAGAGAUGAAGAUGCUGAUUUGGAAUGCAAUCAACAAGCUACAAGCUUAUUUGACAAGUCUUCUAUAAAGCAUGAAGACAUGGACACUACCAUGCAUUUUGAGGAUAAGUUUAGAGAGAUAAUCUCAACUGGAUUACAGAAUGAGAAAGAUGGUCAAGUACGGGAGGUUGAUUGGAAGGAUCCUGAAUCAAUCCGGUCAAGCAAUAAGUCAGGACACGAAAAUAACAAGGAGUUUAAAAUCAUGACUGACGGUACUGAGGAUGCUUCCACAGUAACUGUUGCACCAAGUUCAUAUAUUCAUAGUGUUGAAGAAUCUAAUUUUGAAACUCCCUCAAACAAUGAAGAUAAUUACAGGGAAAAGCUUGAAAAUCCAUCUUCCAGCCUGGUAGCAGAUGGAGAGAAUACACAAGUUGCAAUAGAAGCAGGGGAAGCCAUGCAAGAUACUUCCAAUGCAUCCUGCCAAGAUAACAGCCAGGACAUCUGUGAGUCAGCAAGGCAAGAGAUAGAUGUACCUCCAGUUGAUGAGAUGGACAAAGCAGAAGACUUAGCAUGCCUAAAUAGAGAUAUAAGAGGGGAACAUGAAGAGAAUAUUCAAACAGAACUCCCAGAGAACAAUGCGGAAAGUAAAAUCAAUGCAGAGACACAUGAUGGGGAAAAGAGAGACUUGAGCCACAAAAAUGAGCAACAGCACAAAGUCGGAGAACAGGCACACCUGAUCCUAGAAAAUACUGAAAUAGAAGCUUCAAGGGAAAAUGAGGAAAAGGGAAUGGAACAGAACACACACCCUGCGCAAUAUUUUGACGUAAAGGAAGAAUCAACAUCUGCACCUAAUACAAUGGAAAAAUCAAUUUCAACAGAAAAGAGUUUCUCAUUAGUGGAAUCAAUGUCAGAGAUCAACAAUGAAGAAAUGAUAUCCCCCCAACAAAUUGAAAAUAAUUUGAAUACUGAUCAUGCAUUCGUUGAGGAAAUAGGGCAACCAGACAGUGGUGAUCUUGUCUCUAAAAUUGAAGUUCCAGAACAACAUCAAGAAUCAAGAGAGUUUUAUGUUGAAUAUAACAAGCAUAAUGAACAUCAUCCUGAAACACAAAGCACAGAAAACUUGAUUAUAAAGCAAGUGGACUCCGUGAUGACAACAGAAACAAUCUCAGAACGAACAAAGGAUAUUGAAGAAAUUGAAAAGUUCCCAUUGCCAUGCCCUGAGGAGAACAUAGAUAUUGAGGAAGAUGAGAAAAUCAUACCAGAGGAAUCAAAAGAGAUGGAGGAAGUCACUGAUAAACAGUCACGAGAAACGGCAAAAGAAAGUAUAUCUGAGGACCAAGCCCCAUCAAGAUUGCUGACAACAUUGAUUACAGAUGAGAUAACUGAGCAAAGCACCAAGGAAGAAAGUCUUAAGGACAGUGAAUCAACAUUGAUAGUGAAGGUUGAAAACCACGGAGCAGAAAAUGAUCCUGAGGAAAAGAUAAAGGCAGUACAGGCAUCUGAACCACCCAAAGCCACAGGCAGAAAUGAUAUUUAUGGGCAACAUAUAGUGGAAGGAUCAGUUGAAGGAACAACGGAUCAGUUCCAAAACAAUGAAAAAGAAAUUCAAGACGCUGGCAGAGAGAUUAAAGGGGAAAAUUAUGACUCUGGACUACCUUCUGAGUUCAAUCAGAACACUGAACAGGAAGAAAGACACUCAAUGAUAGCCCAGCUAGAAAGCAAUCUAAAUAAAUGUUCCCUAGCAGAAUUCGAGGGCUCUGUGGAAUCAUCCUCCCCUCAAGAGUCCCUAACAGAACAGAUAUUUGAAUCAGAGCAUCUUCAGGCUGACAAAACUGAAGCCAUCAAUAACAUAAGCACAGACGAACCUGAUCAUGACAUAGACCAUGAUAGUACAAAAAGUUCAAUGCUUGCUGGUGCUAAGAAACCAAGUCUCAAGGUUUGUGAAGAGCAAACCCCUAUUGACAACAGCAACCUUGAUCACCAUCUUAAGGUACUCACAGAACAACAUGCAUCAUUUGAAGUGAUCCGAGAUAGUGGAGAAAAAGAAAUGAUAACUUCCCAAACCAAUGAAGACACAAAAUCAAAGAGAGAGGAAGAUGCUGAUUUGGUAUGCAAUGAACAACUUACAAGCACAUAUGAGAUAAUCUUGGGUAAGAUCAGUGAAGCUUCACUUCCUAACCUUGACUUGGCAACCAAGAGCAAAGGUGAGGAAGAUGAAAGUGUAAUAGAGUCUUCUAUGAAAGACGAAGGCAUUGAAACUACUAAACACAUUGAUGAUGCGUCUAAAGAUCUAUGCUUGGCUGGAAAACAGAACAGGAAAGCCAAGAUGACAUUCAUACCACAGGGUGAACAGAAGGAUCCUGAAUAUAUUGGGUCAAGCAAUAAGUUGGAACGUGAGAAUAACAGGGAAGAAGAUGCCCCUAUAACAACUAUUGUACAAAUUCCAUAUGUGCAUAGCACUGAAGAAUCUAUUUUGGAAGCUGCCUCAAAAAAUGAUGAUGAAGACUACAAGGGAAACCCAUCUUCCGACCCAGCAGACGGGGCAAGCCCACAAGUUGCAAUACAAGCAGUGGAAACUCUACAAGAGGUUUCCUAUACAGCCUGCAAAGAUAAAAACGAAGACACCUGUGAAUCAGUGUGGCCAGAGGAACAUGUACCUCCAGUUGACAGGAUGGCCAGUGCAGAAGAUUCAGCAUACCUAGACAGAGGAGCAAAUGAAGAGAACAUCAAUCAAGCAGGACUCACUGAGACCAUUGAGGAUGAUAGCAUAAUCAAUCAAGAAACACAUGACGUGGAAAAGAGAGACUCAUUGAAGAAAAAUGAUCAAGAAUAUGAACUUGGAGAACAAGUGGUACUGAUCCCAGAAAAGACAGAAGCAGAAGCUCCAAGAGAAAAAGCCAAAAAGAGAAUUGAACAAAACCUACACUCUGUAGAAAAAUUUGAAGAGAAAGAAGAUGAACAAACUUAUACACCCGAUAGUAAGGAGGCAUUAAUUUCAACAGAAAAGAGUCUCCCGCUGGCCGAGUCUACCAGAGAGAUAAAAAGUGAAGAAACAAUAUUCUCACAAAAUAUUGCAAGUGAUCUGAAUACUAAAAUUCCAAUGAUUGAAGAUUCAGACAAGCUGGACAUUGUUGAGACUCACGAAGAAACCCAAAUUGAAGCCCAAGAAAAAUUUGAAGAUUCAAGAAAGUUCUGUACUGAAAAUGACAAGCAAGAUGAACGACAUUCUGAAGCACAAAGCACAGAGAAUUGGGUUCUAAAGCAUAUGGAUUCAGAAGAAAUGGUAACAGCACAUACAAUCACAAAAUCAACAAAGGAUAAUGAAGAACUUGAUAGAGUUCCAGAAUCACUCUCUCAAGCAAAAAAAGAUACCAAAGAUGAUGAGAAAAUCACUCCAGAGGAACAAAAAGAGAUGGAAGAAAUCACUGGCGUAUCUGAGGAAGAAGCCCUAUCAACAUCACCAAGAAUGGCACCUGUUGGAGAAGAACAGAUUGAGCACACCUUUCAGGAUGAAAGUCCUAAGGGUGGUGAAGCAAUGAUAGAGAAGAAUGAGAGCUGCAUACCAGAAAUUGAUGCUGAGAAAGAAAAAAAUGCUGUUGAGGCAAUUGAUCUACCUGAAACUAAGGGCAGACAGGAUAUUAAUGAGAAACAUGUCAUAGAAGAAUCUGCUGAAGAAACAAUGAAAAGCUUCCAAGGUGAUGAAAUGAAAAUUCAAAUUUUAAGAGAAGACAAAAGAAGAAAUAUUGAAAGGAAAAGUUCUGUCUCUGGCCUCCCUUCUGAGUUCAUUCAGCAAGGAAAAAGAGAUGAGACCAUUCUUUGUGAGUCAAACGAGACUCUGGAAAAUCCUGAAAUUGUUGAUAUAUCAUCAAAGAGAGAAGAGCAAAUUUUGUUCAGAGAAAAAUGCAACCCAACCCCAAAAGAAGCUUCAAUUGAAGAUCAAGACGAAUAUGCAUAUUCCAUGAAAGUUGCUGAAGACAAAGCACAUCCUUCUAGACAAAACUUUGAAAGCAUUACCUGUACAAUAGGGGAGAAAACCUCUGGCCAACUUGAACAAUUUUCCCAGAAAGAAAAGAUUGAAGAACCUAAAGAUAUGGAUGGUGGAAAGGAAAACAAGGCAUCAUAUCAGGAGGUGCCUGUAACUACUGCAUCAAGUCAAGAAACCAUAAAAAAUCUUUUAGAAGCAAGUGAGCCAUCAGAGACAGAAGUUUCUGCUUUAGAACCAGAAGAAGAAGAGAUGGAGAGCACUGUUGGGACAUUGUCUUCUACAACAGUUGAGAUGGACACAAGAAAGGAGUACACGGAAGAAGUCGAAUGUGAUCAAACAAAAAUCAAGGAAGAGGUGGGAGUCACAGAAUCAGAAGGGCAGAGUGAACCAUCUUCCAGAGAGAGAAAAAUAUCCAACCCUUUAGAUGAUUUCUCAAAGCCUGAAGAGGACCAUGAUGUUUUGACUAUUGAAGAAAACAAUACUCUAGUCAAGGGCUCUUCAUCUAUAUUAGGUGUGCCUCAAAAAGACAGCAGCAGCACUAAUGAUUCUGAAGCUGAGUUUCUAAGACUUGUAAAUGAAAACACAGCCCUGAAGGGGGUCAAACCAGUAGAUGAAGACCAUCUUGAAGGUUCUCAUGGUGCCCAUGAGAUGAUGGGUUUAACAAGUGAAACAAAAUCAAAUUGCUUGGGUAGUGAUAUUGCUGAAAGACGAUGGGCAGAAACAAACUUAGAGAAUAGGGACAUGGAGGUUAAAGAAGUGGUAGAUCAAGAAGAACAAAUAUCUCAUGACAUCAAAGAGAGAGAUUUAAUUGCAGGCAGCAACCAUGAAAUAGAAUUAGCCACUACUGACCAAGCGGUGCAUGCCAUUACAGGUUCCUCUAUGGUGCCAUCAUAUGGAGGGCUUGAGACAGUGGAAAUGAGCAAGACAACAGAUAAUACCCUAGCAAGAGAAGAUGUUUUAUUUGUUGAAACAGAACAGCCCUUAAUUACUCACACUGAAGGUGCUUUGAUGUUGGCAUCUGCAGAUGAUGAGAAGGGGAAAGAGAAGGAAUAUUCAAAUGAAGGAAUUCGUGAACAUAACGAUGAAGAUCAGCCUAUGCCUCCUCACCUGAAAGCUGAAAAUAUUACCUCAGAAUCAGAUACAGGAGACAUUGUAAGAGAGAAGAGAGAACAGGCCAAUGAUUUAGCAGAUCUAAAUGAAGCUUGCAAAUUGGAAAUUGUAGAAGAUGAGAAGUCAACUAUGGAGGUGACAAAAACCCUCAUGCAAGAAGAGGAACUUACUGACAAGACUGAAUACAGUUCAGCAGUCACUGGACUAGAGGGAAAAGCAGCUGGACUUAAAACAGAAAUUUCUGGCAGUCAAGAAGAGUAUCUUAAUACCAAAAAUUGUGAACUUCAAAUGGAAAAGGGUGACUUAGUGGCAAAAGAUCAAAGUGAAGAGAUGCUCCUCCAUUCCAGUAACAUUCAAACAGUGGGAAAGAAUAACAACCUUCAAGAUCAGGACUCCGGAUCUGUUCAGGAAGUCACAGCAUCGAACCUGAAGCCAAGAUGUAAUGAUGAAGACCUUUUGAACUCAUCCCUUGAUCAAGAUGAGAAUAUGGAUGCCAUCAAUUUAACCCAUGAGGUUUAUCAGAGAUCAGGGAUGGCUGAUAACAAUGAAAGUCUCAGAGAAUACCCCAAAGAGGGUAUAAUAACACCACCUGAAGAAGAAACAGAAAAUGAGGUUGAAGUUCCAGCUUCCAAACUCACAGAACAAACUGAGUCAACAAAGCCGACAGAAGGAAAAAAACCUCUGACUUUAGAAAAUCAAACAGAGCAAAUUAUGGAAAUCACAGACCUCAGAGCUUCAAAAUCCACAGAUGCAUCAGAAACCAAUACUGAUGACUCUUCUGCCACACCCGAGGUAUAUGAGAACGAGACUGAAGCAAGUUUCAUCAAGAACGACGACCCUCCCACUGAUGAUCCCAAAAUUGUGCCUGUUAUAGUUGAGAUUGAAGAAACAGGCCUAAAGAAUUCUAGAACUGGACACAUAGAAUAUGACACAAGAUCAGUUAUAGUCUCUGAGAAUGAGGGUGGAACCGCCAUUAUAACAGACAAGACCCCAUCAGACAGCAUAGAUAUUGUUGGAAGAGAAGAGGAGAAUUUGGCAGAACUAAAUGAAGGUCGUUUGAUGGAUUCUUGUAUCGAAGAAACAGAUAAAACCACCACAAUUCAGCAGGAAAGAGAACAGGCCCUGAGCACAAUUUCCAUAUCACAAGAUAGUUCGACACUAUUGGUAGAAGAAAAAGAUACCACAGGGAAUGCAAAAAUUCAUCCAAUGGAUGCAAAAUCAACAAGAGAGGAAAUCAUUCAAGAAGCUGCAGAAACUUAUCUGGUGCACUCAACAGAAAACACAUCAUCUGAAAAGGAACAUGAAGUUCUCAAACCUGGUGGUACCUCUGACUUGGAAUCUGUGAACAUCACGAAUGAAUGUUCAAAUGAAGACAGUCCCAACCGAAAAAUGAAGUUAAUGAAGAAAAUGUUUCGGUAGAAGCCUCUAAGUAUACUACAAGCAGCACGCAUGAAAAUUGUGAGACUGUGCAAGCAGAAGAUAACAUAGACACAACUUUUGAAGCCAGUUUGACAAAUGUUGCUAUAGAAAAGGC